UGCUUGGUUGUGAGGGAAACGCAGCCCUUUUUCCCCCUCAGAGGUGGGAAUAACGGCAGUUGCCUCAGGCUACAAUUUGCGUCGAAUUGUGGUGCUGUCAAACCGCUUUUGGGUGGUUCAGCAUCUCUGAAAUUGGGUGGGAAGAGUCCAUUUAAUCCAUUUUGAGGUUUAACAACCCCCGCUUGCGGCGUUGAAAGAAGAAUUAAGAAGGGCUUUCACCACAAAGGUGCUGCCUACCUCAGGCUGCUUCUGCCAUGGGGGAUGUGAAGAAUUUCCUAUAUGCUUGGUGUGGCAAGCGAAAAAUCACCAUCGCUUAUGAGAUCCGUGCUGUGGGCAACAAGAACAGGCAGAAAUUUGUGUGUGAGGUUCGUGUGACAGGUUUCAACUAUAUUGGUAUGGGCAAUUCCACCAACAAGAAGGAUGCUCAGACCAAUGCUGCAAGAGACUUCCUUAAUUAUCUUGUUCGAGUGAAUGAAAUCAAAAGUGAAGAAAUUCCAGCUUUUGGAGCGGGAGCAGUGGGUGCUCCUACUGAAGGUGCCUCUGGAGCAGAUAUUGGAGAUGGACCUGAUGCUCCUUUGGGAGGGCCUAUUCCCCCUCAUUUGGCUCUCAAAUCAGAAAUUGAUGCUGGUGCUACUUUUACUGAAACAGCAGUUGGAAAUUCUGGCUAUGGUGGAGCUCAGUGGGAUCGUGGUGCUAACUUGAAUGAUUAUUACUCCCGGAAGGAAGAACAGGAGGUCCAGGCUACUUUGGAGUCAGAAGAAAUUGAUUUAAAUGCUGGCCUUCAUGGAAAUUGGACUUUGGAGAAUGCUAAAGCCCGUCUGAAUCAGUUUUUCCAAAAGGAAAAAAUCCAAGGCGAAUAUAAAUACACUCAAGUGGGACCUGAUCACAACAGGAGCUUCAUUGCAGAAAUGACUAUUUAUGUCAAACAGCUGGGCAGAAGAAUCUUUGCUCGUGAGCAUGGCUCAAAUAAAAAGCUGGCAGCACAGUCCUGUGCUCUUUCUUUGGUCAGACAGCUCUAUCAUUUGAGCAUCAUUGAGGCUUAUUCUGGACAAACCAAGAAGAAGGAAGGUGAAUCGGUAGAGCCUUAUGAUAUCAAUCUCACUUCUAAUUUGGAAAACCAGUUGAAGAGAAUUGUAGAUGAUAUGUGUCUUGAAGUCAUUCCACCACCUGAAGAUCCCAGUUCACCUGUUCUGCUCAGCAUUGGAAAGUUAGCUCACUUUGAACCAUCCCAGAAGCAGAAUCAAACGGGAGUUGUGCCAUGGUCCCCACCUCAGUCAAACUGGAAUCCAUGGACUAGCAGCAAUAUUGAUGAGGGUCCUCUGUCAUAUGCUACACCAGAACAGAUCAGUAUUGACAUAAAGAACAACCUCUUGUAUCAGCUGGAAAAUGACCAGGAACUAAAGAAAAUUCUUCAAGAGAGGGAAACCCUGCCUGUGAAGAACUUUGAGGGAAGAAUCCUGGAUGCCAUAAAUCAUAACUCUGUUGUGAUCAUCCGUGGGGCUACAGGUUGUGGCAAAACCACACAGGUUCCACAGUACAUCUUGGAUGAAUGCAUCCACAGUGGAAGAGCUGCAGAAUGUAAUAUUGUUGUCACUCAGCCUAGGAGGAUCAGUGCUGUCUCUGUCGCAGAAAGAGUUGCUUAUGAAAGAGGAGAAGAACCAGGAAGUAGUUGUGGCUACAGUGUUCGCUUUGAAUCAAUGCUUCCCCGACCACAUGCCAGUGUGAUGUUCUGCACUGUAGGUGUCCUCCUGAGAAAGCUGGAAGCUGGCAUUCGUGGAAUCAGUCAUGUCAUAGUGGAUGAAAUUCAUGAGAGAGACAUUAAUACUGAUUUCCUUUUGGUAGUUCUGCGGGAUGUUGUUCAAGCCUAUCCUGAAAUCCGGGUUAUUCUCAUGUCGGCUACUAUUGAUACCAGCAUGUUCUGUGAAUAUUUUUUUAAUUGCCCUAUUAUUGAAGUCUUUGGUAGAACCUAUCCAGUUCAAGAAUAUUUUCUGGAAGAUUGUAUUCAAAUGACUAAAUUUAUUCCUCCACCGAAGGAUAAGAAAAAGAAAGAUAAAGAUGAAGAAGGUACUGAAGAUGAGGAUGCAAACUGCAACCUUAUCUGUAGUGAUGAAUAUGGCCUAGAAACAAAAAGCCGCAUGGCCCAGAUGAAUGAGAAGGAAACUCCUUUUGAACUCAUUGAGGCUUUGUUGAAAUACAUUGAGACCUUGAAUGCCGUAGGAGCAGUUCUUGUCUUCUUGCCUGGCUGGAAUCUGAUAUACACUAUGCAGAAAUACCUGGAAACGAAUCCACACUUCGGAAGCCAGAGAUACCGAGUUCUUCCUCUGCAUUCCCAGAUACCUCGAGAAGAGCAGCGCAAAGUAUUUGAUCCAGUGGCCCCUGGAAUAACUAAGGUGAUCUUAUCAACCAACAUUGCAGAGACCAGCAUAACCAUCAAUGAUGUGGUCUACGUUAUUGAUUCUUGCAAACAGAAAGUUAAACUAUUCACUGCUCAUAACAACAUGACCAAUUAUGCCACUGUGUGGGCCUCAAAAACAAAUCUAGAGCAGCGGAAAGGACGGGCUGGUCGCGUCCGUCCUGGAUUCUGCUUUCAUCUUUGCAGCAGAGCACGUUUUGACAGACUUGAGACUCAUAUGACCCCCGAAAUGUUUCGAACACCUCUGCAUGAAAUUGCUUUGAGCAUCAAGCUGCUAAGAUUAGGCGGGAUUGGACAAUUUCUGGCCAAAGCUAUAGAGCCGCCCCCCUUGGACGCAGUGAUUGAAGCAGAGCAUACACUCCGAGAGCUUGAUGCCCUGGAUUCCAAUGAUGAACUGACCCCCCUUGGGAGAAUUUUAGCAAGGCUCCCCAUUGAACCUCGACUUGGCAAAAUGAUGAUAAUGGGGUGCAUAUUUUAUGUUGGUGAUGCUGUGUGUACUAUUUCUGCUGCGACCUGCUUCCCUGAGCCGUUCAUCAGUGAGGGUAAAAGGCUGGGUUAUGUCCAUAGGAAUUUUGCUGGGAACAGGUUCUCCGAUCAUGUGGCCCUGCUCUCAGUCUUCCAAGCCUGGGAUAAUGCAAGAAUGGGUGGAGAAAAUGCUGAAAUUCGUUUCUGUGAGUUUAAGAGACUCAAUAUGGCAACACUCAGAAUGACCUGGGAAGCCAAAGUACAGCUGAAAGAAAUUCUGGUUAACUCUGGAUUCCCAGAAGAGAGUUUAACGACUCAGGUGUUCAGCAACACUGGACCAGAUAAUAACCUGGAUGUUGUGAUUUCUCUGCUGGCUUUUGGCCUGUAUCCCAAUGUCUGCUUCCACAAAGAAAAGAGGAAGAUUCUCACUACCGAAGGACGUAAUGCUCUCAUUCACAAAUCCUCUGUUAACUGCCCAUUCAGCAGCCAGGAUAUGAAGUAUCCUUCUCCUUUCUUUGUUUUUGGAGAAAAGAUCCGGACACGCGCUAUCUCAGCCAAAGCAAUGACCUUAGUGAGCCCUUUACAGCUGCUUCUCUUUGGCUCGAAGAAAGUGGUAUCCGAUGGAGAAAUUAUUAUGUUAGAUGACUGGAUCAAACUGAGGAUGCCGCACCAUGCAGCUUCCUGUAUUAUUUCUUUACGUGCAGCAAUGGAAGCUCUCGUGGUAGAAGUAACAAAAAAUCCAGAAAUCAUCAGUGAGUUAGACAAUAUGAACAAACAGAUGCUGAAUGUAAUUUGCGAAGUCUCCAAACCUUUGGCUGCUGGAAUUAACCUUGCAGUAGGUGGCAACAUGAGGUUUGGUGAUGGACCUCGUCCACCUAAAAUGGCUCGAUAUGACAGUGGAGGUGGCUACAGAGGAAGAAGUGGAGGUGGCUACAGGGGGGGCUACCAAGGCGGAUAUGGAGGCGGAUAUCGUGGUGGAUAUAAUUCUUACCGUGGUGGUGGUGGUGGUGGUGGUGGUGGUGGUGGUGGUGGUUCUGGGGGAAGAGGUUAUUCAGGAGGGGCUAGAGGUGGAUUUCGAGGUAGUGGAGGUUUUCAAGGUUCAGGUGGAGGAUACCAAACUGGAAGAAACAGAGGUGGUGGAUUUAGAGGAGGAUGGAGUGGUUACUGAUAAAAUGCUAGUGAGGAUGUGUUGCACAUUGAAUCUGAAGCUGAAAAGAAGCUUAAAGAAGUUCAGUCCUUCCUGGGUUCCAUGGUAAGCACCUGAUCUCUGGAAAAUAGGUUUAGGGUCAAGGUGUUGCCAAUAGCCUGUUCCACUCUAAAGCAUCAUUUUGUCUACAUUCAAAGCAUAGGCAUCCUUAAACGUUAGUAAUUCCAGAAUAAAAGUAUGCAUGAACUUGUUAUAUUCCAUACAUUUCUUUAUUUGUAAUACAGAUCUCUUUCUGAUUUAUGAGUUCAUACUUCAGAAUAUUAAUUUCAAAUUAUAUUUAUAUGCAGUAUUCACAUUGCUUUAAUUUUGUAUGUUUAUUUUGAUCCCAAUGAAGUUGUUAAUUUUUAAGGGAUUAGUCUUAGGUGUAAGCUUGAAUUUUAGGUUGAUAGUUGUAUCAUCAAAAACUGUAUGAAUUGAUUGAUGCCUUUGGUACUAGGAUUGCCAGUUAGGAGCUUAAAGUUCUUUAUCUGUUCAAAUGUUUGUCACAUACAGCAACUUCUAAAAUAAAAAAUAGUACAACUCCAAAAAUGUCAUAAAUUACAGUAAUGUCAUUUUUUGAAUGCCAUGUAGCUAAAUUGCCAACUCAGAAUAUAUGAUUAUGUACACUUUCCUCAGCCUCAACGACAGACAUUUUUUGGCUUAGUGCCAUUUGUUCAGCGACUGAAGUUAUGAUGAUAAUGAAUAAAGGGCGGUUAUGA